AGGCGUCCGCCAACUAACCCCUCCCAGCCUCUCGUCGACAGUCACAGGUCCCCAAAGCCGCGUCUUAACCAGGCCGGAACCGACCACCACCAACCAUCUCGGCCUCGCCUUCGCCCCACCCGACCUCGCCCGAUUCCCACGUGACGCCCACGCCCCGCCCAUCGGCGCCCACGUGACCCACGGUCGGCCCCGCGCGCGGCGUGGGUCGCGGCGCGAGCCGCCAUUGUUCCGCCGAGGGAGGACGGUGGGGCCUGGCGCUGGCGCCGAGACGCCGCUUAGCGGCCGCCACUGGAGACACUCCCUCCCGCCUCCCGGGUCUCCUGGCGGCGGCGGAGUGAGGCUGACAGCGGGGGGACCUGGGAGACCCCUCUGCCCUCCCCGCGGCGGCAGCGGCCGAUCCCCGGCUCCAGCGCGAGGGGCGGCCGCGAUGCACUGGGCCUGAGGCCACCCGGCCUGGCCCGUCUUCGCUUCCCUUGACUCUUCCACGGCGUCUCCGCGCCCCGGCGUCAUCCUGCGAGUCCCUCUGACGGGAAGGAAGAUGGCUGCACGGAGCUGGCAGGACGAGCUGGCCCAGCAGGCCGAGGAGGGCUCGGCCCGGCUGCGGGAAAUGCUUUCGGUCGGCUUAGGCUUUCUGCGCACCGAGCUGGGCCUCGACCUGGGGCUGGAGCCGAAGCGGUACCCCGGCUGGGUGAUCCUGGUGGGCACGGGCGCGCUCGGGCUGCUGCUGCUGUUUCUGCUGGGCUACGGCUGGGCCGCGGCUUGCGCCGGCGCCCGCAAAAAGCGGAGGAGCCCGCCCCGCAAGCGGGAGGAGACGGCGGUCGCGCCGGGCGCAGCCCCUGACGACCUAGCCUUGCUAAAGAAUCUCCGGAGCGAGGAACAGAAGAAGAAGAACCGGAAGAAACUGCCGGAGAAGCCCAAACCAAAUGGGCGGACUGUUGAAGUGGCUGAGGGUGAAACUGUUCGAACACCUUUAAGUGUAACAGCAAAGCAGCCACCAGAGAUUGACAAGAAAAAUGAAAAGUCAAAGAAAAAUAAGAAGAAAUCAAAGUCAGAUGCUAAAGCAGUGCAAAACAGUUCACGCCAUGAUGGAAAGGAAGUUGAUGAAGGAGCCUGGGAAACUAAAAUUAGUCACAGAGAGAAACGACAGCAGCGUAAACGUGAUAAGGUGCUGACUGAUUCUGGUUCAUUGGAUUCAACUAUCCCUGGGAUAGAAAAUACCAUCACAGUUACCACCGAGCAACUUACAACUGCAUCAUUUCCUGUUGGUUCCAAGAAGAAUAAAGGUGAUUCUCAUCUAAAUGUUCAAGUUAGCAACUUUAAAUCUGGAAAAGGAGAUUCUACACUUCAGGUUUCUUCAGGAUUGAAUGAAAACCUUACUGUCAAUGGAGGAGGCUGGAAUGAAAAGUCUGUAAAACUCUCCUCACAGAUCAGUGCAGGUGAGGAGAAGUGGAACUCUGUUUCACCUGCUUCUACAGGAAAGAGGAAAACUGAGCCAUCUGCCUGGAGUCAAGACACUGGAGAUGCUAAUGCGGAUGGAAAAGACUGGGGAAGGAGUUGGAGUGACCGUUCAAUAUUUUCUGGCAUUGCUGCUUGGUCUAGUGUGGAUAGGGGAAUGAAUACCUCUGAACAGAAUUCUGCUUCUUUUGCAUCUCUCACACUUAACUCUGCUGUUUCUGGGUCUACUGCUGAGCCAGUUUCUCAGUCUACCACUUCUGAUUAUCAGUGGGAUGUUAGCCGUAAUCAACCCUAUAUCGAUGAUGAAUGGUCUGGGUUAAAUGGUCUGUCUUCUGCUGAUCCCAACUCUGAUUGGAAUGCACCAGCAGAAGAGUGGGGCAAUUGGGUAGAUGAAGAAAGAGCUUCACUUCUAAAGUCCCAGGAACCAAUUCCUGAGGAUCAAAAGGUCUCAGAUGAUGAUAAAGAAAAGGGAGAGGGAGCUCUUCCAACUGGGAAAUCUAAAAAGAAAAAAAAGAAAAAGAAGAAGCAAGGUGAAGAUAACUCUCAUGCACAGGACACAGAAGAAUUAGAAAAAGAGAUUAGAGAAGAGCUUCCAGCAAAUACCUCUAAAAACCGUCCAAAACAGGAAAAAGCUUUUUCCUUGAAGACCAUAAGCACUAGUGAUCCAGCCGAAGCACUCGUCAAAAAUAACCAGCCUGUCAAGACUCUUCCACCUGAUACUUCUACCGAGCCAUCUGUUACCUUAUCAAAAAGUGAUUCUGACAAGAGCUCUUCCCAAGUGCCACCGAUACUACAAGAGUCAGAUAAAUCCAAGUCAAAUACCAAGCAAAAUAGUGUGCCUCCUUCACAGACCAAGUCUGAAACUAGCUGGGAAUCUCCCAAACAAAUAAAAAAGAAGAAAAAAGCCAGACGAGAAACGUGAAAUUUUUUUUCCUGAAUUGGACAUGUGUUUGCAAACACUGUCUUGAAGAUUAUGCUGUUUAUGCAAUAAUUUGUGAACAUGUACAGAGUUUUAUAUAAAUUUAAACCAAUUUUUAAAACAAAACUGCAGACACAACCACCAUAAAAAUGGAAUCAAAAGAAAGUUAAUUUAUGAAAUUAAGAGGUCAGCAGAAUAUACUCAGUGAUGGAAGACACUUGGGAAAGUCUUUUUAACUGAACAAGAACGAUCUUAAUUUAAGAAUAUUAUCCUGGUUUUACAACAGUGCCCUGUUUACAACAGAUUGUGCCCUAUCUCAUCUGCAGCCGAGGAAUAAAGGAUUCUGAUUAGAAAGAGGGUUGCCUACAAAUUAGUAAGCAAUUCCUUGGAUCUUAUGCACAGAACUUGUAACAUUUGAAUCUGUUUUAUGCUUAAAUCAAAGUGCUUUGAUCAAAUGCAUAACCUGCCAUAUCUUUACAUAUUUGUUGGUAGCAAUUUGUAUUAAAGAAAUCACAAGUGCAAAUAAAGUCAUUUAUCAUUUGUUUAACUAAACUGUCAUGGUUUAGUUUACAGUUUUUAAAAACUUCUUAAAAUACUGAAAAUGCAGUUGACACUUGUAUGGCUUAUGAAGUUAUUUUUGAUAGUCUUACAUUACUUGAAUUGUUCAAAGUACAGUAUAUUUUAAAUUAAGAAAAGUGAACUAUAUGUAUUUGUUUUAUACAUUUAAGGCUUAGACUCAUAAAUAAUGCUGUUUAUGAUUUGAAAACUUUCAGGCAAAAUCCAAUUUUCAUUUUUCCUUUCCCUAGCAAUUUUUUCCAGCUUCAUUUCUUCUUAGUUACUAGUACUUUUUUGACUUUAAAAAUAAAACCAUUCACAAACUUUUGGUAUAUGAUGGAGAAUGAAAACCUAGAGUCAGACAGCUUUAAUUGACAUUGUCAAGACCUCCAGUUAUCAGGAAUACAUUUUUUUACUGCCUUAACCUGUAGUGUGUAGAAUAUGCAUCAAUUUCUUGAAGGGGAUUCGUGUUUUUAUAAGAAUUUUCAUGUAAUUAUUGCAAUUGUGGUCAAAUAAGGAACGUUUCCUGCUUGAAAUUAUAUUGAUUUAAAUGAUGUGUGAGAUGUUUCACCAUUUCAGGCACUGUGUAAUUCUCUUGUAAAAAACUGGCAGGUAUCUUUGUAACUAUAAAUAGUGCAUGCUCAGCCAUGUACACUGUAAAUAGCCUUUACCAAACGUGUUUGACAAGGACCAUAAUUAACAUCACUUAGUGAAUUGUGAUAAAGAAAAAAAAGCCAUGAUUUAUUCGAUGUGAUUGGCUUAAUUGUUCUAUGUGGCGCCAAGAAUGAAACUAUUUAACAGCUGUAACCAAUGGUACUGAUCUAUCCAUCCAAUGUUGUCAUUAUAUUUGAUUGUGGUUCAAUAGUAUUGCGUUUUCAGACUAGGAAAGCUAAAGAAAGAAAAUGGUUUUACUUUUGCUGAAGACUGGCCUUAUUAAUGGACAGCUUUCCUAACAAGUGAUUAUUAACUUUUAUCAGGUGUUAACAUCUGUUUCAGGAACAUGGCAGUAUGUUUACAUGUCAGAAGUUUUGUUUAAUUCUAUGGUAUUUCUAAAUUGAUUUGUUUAAAUAAAUUCAGCAAAUGGA